AGUAGGUAACGCAUCGAAGAUAACAGUGUGACCACUAUUCGUACACGAUAUUACGCGCACGCGUAAUUUACAAAAAUUUCGAGUGUGCCAUGAUAAAACAGUUGAGCUAAAACGUAGGCGUUUUAGCAACGCAUUCUAUACACUGGUUCUCGCACUACCGGUAAUCCCUAUUUCACUUUCGUACACUUUGCCCACGAGAACGAACGAACCGAUUUGGUAAGGGUCAACCAAAGGGGGAAGUCGAUCGAUCAAUUCAAUGGCGAGUGCCGCGGACUUUGCUUACGACGUGUGCAAAAAACGGUUGCAAAACAAUGAAGAAUCGACGGAAGACAAGAAGAAUCAGUUUCUAAUCAGAUACCGGGAACAAUUAUACGACAUAAAGGGAUUUCUUCGAUAUCAUCCCGGUGGCAAGAAAACAUUGGGACACUUUAAAAAUCGAAGCUUGGAUAAAGUAUUCGACGAUAAUCCACAUUCGAAAGCGGCGUUCCACCUGUUGGAAGACUUCAUAUUGAACAAUCAAGAGAAAUAUCAAGAGUAUGAAGACCUGAUUGAUUGGAACGCGCCUAUACUUCGACAAGUAGGAUCGUUAAGUAAUCGAUAUUGGGAAUGGAUGAAUUUACCAGUGAAUCGACCAAUUCGUUUAUUUGAAUCAAAUAUCUUAGAGAAAUUAUCGAUCACACCUUGGUAUCUAGUACCGAUAGUAUGGAUCCCGCUGUGUAUCUACUUCCUUUACUCAGGAUGGUUAUGCGUUACCGACUCUUACAAUGGAAACACCUUGUUCGAAGUUUUAAUCUCUUAUAUACUCGGUAUAUUGAUAUGGAGUAUAUUAGAAUAUGUACUUCAUCGUAAACUUUUUCACUUCAAACCGCCCGCCACUUCGAAACUACUAAUUUCUAUACAUUUUAUACUUCAUGGCGUUCAUCACAAGGCACCGUUUGACGAUAGAAGAUUAGUAUUCCCUCCAGUACCAGGUCUUUUGAUAGCAACGUUGAUUUUGUACAUUUACCAAGCGUUGUUUUCUCAAACGAUGUUUAACUUUAUUGGCGCUGGUACAAUAACAGGCUACAUUAGCUACGAUUUGAUACACUAUUAUUUACAUCACGGCGCGCCGAAGGAUGGAACGUUUCUUUAUCUUCUGAAAAGGAAUCAUAACUAUCAUCAUUUCUUACACCAUGAAUUAGGUUUUGGUAUCAGCAGUAAACUAUGGGAUUACGUGUUUGGAACGAGCAUCAGUUUACGGCAAUUAACGAAACCGAUCGAAUGGUAAAUCGAUCCAUUACAAAAUAACUUAUACAUAUACGCUUUGCAAGCCAAUAUUUUGUAACAAACGAAUAGUAUGAACUAAGUCAAUUGCAACGUACAAUCGAUUGUUCGAUGAUAAAUAUAUUUUAAGUACAAAGAAGGAACAAAAUGCACGAGGUAUUGUACAAAGAGACGAACGAGAUCUUAGUAAGAUGAAACUGCUAAACUAUGCAUUACUAUCAAGCACCUAAACAAACUGAUGCCUUAAGUACAUGAUGAUUUUUGAUCUAUGCUCAUUUUUUAUAAAAUUGACAAGCAUAUACCAAAACAGAUCAAU